AUGGUUAAUGUUGGUAACCCUAUCCUCAUUGACCAAGAGUACUGCCGAUGGAACGAAUGCAAAAAAGGGGUUCCUUCCAAAGUUAAGAUCAGCAACGUUAGCUUCAAGAACAUCAAGGGCACCUGUACCGACCCAGUUGAUGUGAAGCUUGCAUGCAGCCUAGGCCUGCCAUGUGAGAAUGUGGAAUUGAGUGACGUUGAUCUCAAGUACACUGGAGACAAAGGCCCUAUUACCUCUGUGUGUUCUAAUGUCAAGCCGACAAUUAUUCGCGUGGCACAGCCUCUUGCUUGCUCUACCGGCGCUGCUGCUUGA